GUGUCUGGUGAAUCCAAUAUGGCGGCCGCCGCAGCUUCACGUGAACUCUUCAGUGAGGGAGUAAGAGCGGUUCUUCACACGUGGCCCGUUCUCCAGAUCGCGGUGGAUAACGGGUUCGGGGGCGUGUACGCGCAGCAGAAAGCUGAUUGGAUGGUGGAUGUUGUUCAGCAGUAUUUCCAUGACAACGCUGACCUGCUGCAGUGUGAGGUUGAGGAAUACAUUGCUGAACUGAUGAAUCAGGAGUUUGACACAGUGGUGGAUGAUGGGAGUUUACCUCAGGUGUCCAUCAGUCUGCUGCAGAUGUUCAGUCAGUGGCGGAAGGGGGAGCUACAGCAGCUCCAACACACCAUCAGCACUCUGACACAGAAGAAGAGUCAGAGGGCAAAGGUCACAGCUCCGCCCACACAGUCUGACGAAGAGAGCGAUUCUGAGACACAGGCGAUGGAGUGUGACUCGUCCGCAACACAAAACACUCGACCCCCCCCUCCUCCUCCUCAGGAAGAAGACGACGGCUGGACGGUCGUCAGAAAGAAGUGAAGAAGAGGAUGAAGAGCAGAAUGAACUGUUGACCUUUGACCACCAGGAAGACGUGUCAAACGGACUCCUCCUCCUUCAGCGCCGGACCAUGACGGCGUCUCCCCAGCGUCUCAGAGUCCUGGUUCAGAUCUGGAUUAAAUGAGGUCGUGUCCACCUGAGAAAAGACUCACACACGAACUGAAGAAACCGUUACUCGCGUUUCCUGUUGUCAGUUAGAACGUCUGUUUCAUAAUAAAAUGAUUAUUAUGGCGGCUCAGAUGUUCACUUUAUAACCAAAGCUCCAAUUUAAACAUGAACAGAAUAAUUAUCAGUUAAUCCGAUCAGUAAGAAAUGUUGAGCUGACAAACCUCACCAUUGAUUCCUCAUUGAUUGAUCAAACUGUCAUGGCAGAUUUAACUUUAACUUGUUAGUAUGAUCUCACCAGCAGAGGGCGGUAGGAAGACCCUCCUGUCCAGGUUGAUCACUGAGGGUCAAAGGUCUCAGACAAUCUGUGAUUAAACUUUAUUUUCACAGAACACAUUGUUCAAACACACGUCAUGUGACAGGUAGGAGGGGCGGGGCCAAGGCACUAAUCGUCAGAACAGAAACAGGUGAAGAGGUCAGAGGUCAUCUGAGGACAACUCAGCUACAGAGAUCAGGACUGGUCAGUCGGUGAGAGGGCUACAGUACACUCAUCGAGGAGGAUCAGAAAUCCUUAUCAAUAACCAACAAUCAGUUAUAUUCUCACAGGUUUCAUACAGGAGCAGUCAUCAGGUGAAAUCAGCAGAAGACAGAAUUCAGCAGAAAAACAAUAGAAUUCAGUCAAAUGACAAGUUUCAAAAUGAAGAAAGCAGAACUCAGGAAUCAGUAGAAACAGUUCAACAGAAAUCUGUGAUAAUCAGCAGGAUUCAACCAAGCAGUGGAGUCAUUAGAAAUAAGCAGAAAUGAUAGAAAACGGUAGAAUUCAUUAUAUAUCAGCAGAAACAAUUCUGACUCAGUUUUUAAUUAAUUGAUAAUUGAUCAGAUCAAUAUACUGUCACUUAACAUCUGGGGUCAAGGUCAACAGGGAGGAGCCACCUGGGCCUGAAUCUAGAUGCCGGGGUGUUUUUCGUUUUUUUGUGAAGUCCAGAAUUGUGAGGACCAUGUCUCUCAUCACGAGUUUCAUGGAGAGCCAAUCACAGUCCAAGCUGUUCUGGUGUGUGAUUGGCGGGGGGGGGGGGGGGGGGUCCUGAAUCGUUCAGACUCUAAACAGUGUUGUACAUAAAUAGAACCACAGCUCAGAGACGACGCCUUAACGGAAUUAAAAUAUUUAGGUUGUUCUUUUGACUUCUUAUGGCACCAAAUGACGCUGCUGAUAUUUCUGAGAAUAAACAUUUGAUGAUAGUAAAAAUAUAAAUAAAAUCACAGGUAUAAUUUUCAUAACUUUCUUCUCAGGUAAAUAUUAUUUAGUUGAUUACAGAAAAAUCUCUGAGAUUAUUCAGAUAUCUGUGGUUGUACAAAUACAGUAGUGUAUCAUCUGCAAACAGACUGAUGUCAUCUAAAAAAACUGAGUUGAUCAGGAUCAACAUAAAUAAAUAUCUGAAUUCA